GUUGCUCAGAAAGAAGAGUCCGACGCGCGGCAGUAGAACAAGCCUUCGAAGCCGACGACGACGCAACGUCGACGCAACAACGACGACCGCGCAAAAGUCACCCUCCUCCUCCUCGCCUCCCCUCUCCGCUGAGCCGCCCACGGUUCUGGCGGGACGCCACCCGAACAGCAGAGCGUAGAUGGGGGUCCUGCCUCUCACGGCAAUGUUUACGCGCGGCAACCAGCUGAGCGGCAGCGGCGCGGGGAUUUAAAAUAACCGCCCGUCCCCUUUCGCUGCGCUUGCCACCGACGAAGACGACGCGUCAAGAGGGGGGGAGCCGACGCUUUCUCUCGAAUCGGGACGACGAACGUAUAGAGACAGACAGCUGGUCUAGCAAGUGCGCCUGGCACUUCAUCCUGCGUCCUUGGCCCACACCAGCCGACCGACUAGAAGGGGUCUCGUGGCGUCUGCGCGGACGAGGCCUGGGGCCCGCCGGACGAGGAUCGCGAUCUUAGGCUGCUGCUUCGCGAAGGACCGAGAAAGACAUGGCGCCAACUAGUGCGGCCGUGUCAGUGGCGACGGCCGCUGUUUCCAGUCCUUGCGGGAUCAUGUGCCGUCGUCUCGCAACGCUCCUGUUCACUGUGUCCCUGCUCGCGUUGUUGGCCUGUGCGCCCUCGGACGCUGCGGCUGCCGCCUAUCCCCAGCACGAGGACUCUCACCAGACGCAGGCGUCCAAGUUCAUGCGGUGGUCCCGCGCGACCAACACGCGUGAGCGGCUGACUGCGGCGCUGAGCGGCGACCAGCCGGUGUUCCUGGAGGCCGACGUGGUGCUCGACGGCACCAUCCCCGUGCUCGAGCCGCCGCGGGGCCGCCUGUGGGACGUGACGCUCAACGAGCUCCUGUACCAGGCCACCGAGAAGCCCAAGCGGGUGACGCUCAAGCUCAACAUGAGGAGUACCGAGGUGCUGCCCCAGGCAUUCGGAGUGCUCAUGGUGGCCUUGACCGAGAACCUGCUCGACCUGUGGAUUCACGCUGACGUUCUCGCCGGUUCGGCGGGAAAGCCGCCCGUGGAGGCGAACUCGUUUAUGCGCCAGAGCUCGCCGUUCCAUCCUUUCGCCAUCAUCUCCCUCGGUUGGAACACCAAAUCCAAGGGCGCAUAUUCCUGGGGCCAGGUGGAAUCCAUGGCACGGCUGGUGAGCUGCGGCCACCCCUACCUCACGCGCGUCGCCUUCAAGGUCCGGUCGUCCAUGGUGGAAGCGUCCUUGGCGCAGCUCUCGUGGCUGCUCGAUGUGAUGCCCAACGCCACGCUCGUCGUCUGGUCUGCGGACGGAGAGGCACCGAACGCCGGCGUUCUGCACACUCUCCGCAAGGCCCGGCCAUCGGCGCGCAUCGUCUACGACCUGCCUCAAGAGCACCAGCUCGAGAACCUUCUGGAAGAGGCCGCUCCCCAAGAGGGCCCUGAAGGCGCCAAACAAGAGAGCCUCGACAUUGGCUGGAACGUGGAGGAAAGCAAUACGGGAAGCUGCCGAAAGGCGUCCCUACUCGGACGCAAUGCUGUCGUGCUUGGCGAUAACGGCGUCUCGAUGGUGUUCCCUGAUUCGUGGGCUAAUUUCGAGGCCAAGUUGGAUCUGACGAAACCUCGCUCCUUGGCUGUGAGGAUAGGCGACGAGAAGAUCGACCUCGAGGGCUCCUGUUUCCAGCUGGUCCUGAACAGGAGCGGCCAGGAGGUGACAAGCCGCGCCUGGCCGACGACAUGCAAGAACCAUGGCUCGUCGUCUUCUUCGUCGAAGAAGCCGACUGCUCCAGCCAUGGUCAAACAGUGGACGUACGGCGAGCCGGCGGCGCUGAAGCUGCAACCGUCUCCAGGGGCAGUCGUGUACGCUGUCAAGCUCCAAGACCCAUCGGAGGACCCUGCGGCUGCCGCAUCGACACUGGUCCCCACGUUGCUCCUUCUGUUCUUCGGAAUCCUGGCCGUGAAAGUGCCUGAGCUUUGAGCGGUGCUUUCUUGAACUGACCAACGCGGUGCAAUACCAGCCAGAUUGGUGGCGGGGGCCGUGCACACAGCGAAGCAAACAGCGUAGGACAACGCUACUAAAGCCGCUACACAGAUGUUAAACUCGCCGUCUACAGCGCGUUGGUGGAGGGGCUUUGAACGCUAGGAGCGUCGGAAGGGUCGGAAUUCGUGCUCGUUAACUUGGGGACUUAGGGGCGCAAUGACAGGGGGAAGGUGCGAAGUGGGCGAAACACCUUCCUAGACUUCCUGGGACAGAAACGAGGCACUUGUCCUCCACUGCGCUACGCCCUACCUGUAUUGGCAGUCCGAAGCCUAAAGGAUGAGCGUCAGCUGGUUUCCGUACCUGUCCUGCGACUUCCGAAGUCACUGGGCAACAUUCCUGCCACCGAACCCCACCGGCGUAUUUGGAGUCUUGAUAUUGUUCCGAUGGCAAAGGGUCAGCGAACCCAUCCAGAAAAGUAAAGUACAGCCGGUAGGUGUAAAAGUGCAACAGGGCUCUCAACAGCUUUAAGAUAAAUAGAGUGACUAGUAUGGAAAUACAAAAAUCUAAGGAAUUCGACUUUCAAGGAUUCGUUGUGGAGUCAAUAUGGUGUCCCUGAUUUACUAAUAAUUGUCUUUACCAUGCAGAACCCAAGGGAAAGUCAGUGAGAACUAAAAUAAUUCUAGCGAUUUCAAGAAUACCAUCCUGUUACCGUUAUCAUCACUUCCGUUCCGGCACAUUUCUCAUAUCUCAGUUCACUCACAUAUACGUCUACACGGUAUGUUUAUAUUGCAUCUGUCCUGACCACAAAUAUUCCGCAAUUUCAAGCGAAUAGUGUAUUCCAUCUAAAACAACAACAUGAUAUUUCCUCAAGCAACAACUGGUUGUACAAUCUUUCAUAACAAGCUUCACAUGAAGGAUAGCCAACCUGAAAUCACGCGACUCAUCUAACACUUAUGACGUCACAAUUGGCUUGUUUCACCUCUUUUGCUCAUAGAUGAUUUCUCGUAAGAAGCCAUUACACUUACACAGCCGGUCUAGGAAGUCUGUUGUGUACUAAAGUAAUGCUAAAAUCUAGCGGAAAACAGAGAGGCACGAGACGUCUAGAUUGAUUCAUAGGUAUACGUCACAUAAGAUGUUUUAUUCGAUUUACGCCUCUAAUAAUGUGUCCAUACGCUCCACACCUUCGGCCAUUUUAGUCAACUUAGAGCGAGGCUUUCAUAACAGGAUGUUCUUUGCUUACCUGUUUAGUAGAUUUCAUUCUAUAGCACUCAGAAAGUCGCAAUAAUUGUUACGUGUGAUUCUUGUAAGCGGUGACAAGUAAAACAGUAAAUUUUUCUUGCGAUUUCUAUAUUGUAGGAACGGAAUUCAGCAAUAUUAAAAAAAGAAGAAAGCAUUACCCACUGCGUCCAACGAGGUCAUACAAUACGCCAGAGUUCGAUGUGUGAGUCCAUGGUGAGCAAGUCAAAAGCGUUCUCCCCAGGACCCGAAAAUCGUUGUUCGGUCUUUUCUCUUUUGCGCCUGGCUUGCGGCGCGCAAACUUGUCUUGCGCUGUUUGCUUCACUGUCCAGUGGUGUUAUUUUGGAGCUGUACAUAGCACAUGUGACACUCGCAAGCUCUGUUGUCUUUUUCUGCGCUGUAGAAGUCGCUUUGCUCCCUUGAUUGCGUUAAACAGAGUAGUUUUGAAAGCACUCCAGCCUUUUAUUUAGGCAGAAAGAGACACAUUUGUAUCCACAUUUGUAUCCCACAUUUGUAUGAACCAAAACAUGACGUCGACACAUGGCCGCAAUUUAAAGCCGUUUCAGACAAUCAAUUAGCGUAUGCAAAUACAGUUAUGUUCCCCGCAUAGAGAUGUCACUUAUAAAGAAAUAAAAAGAAUAUUGUUAAGUCUAGGCAGUCGGCGGUCACUGUUUGUGUAGUAUACCCUUCGUUAUACUGCGCUGGUGUUCGUAACGUUUUUUCUUUCGUCUUUUUUAUUCAUGCGACAAGCUUGACUUUAUACAAAACAGCAUCACGACUUAACAUCAUGUUACGCAUACGCACUCUGCAUUCAUUACAUUUCAUUCGGCUACCAUAAGUCACGCUCAAGUAUUACUAUUGUAUCACUCUCGGCCAAAGCCUGCAGUCGCACUAAAUAUGAGACCAUUCGUCCUUCCUUCGAUCGAGCAGUUACACAAGGAGUUAUUUGUUGAUUGCAGGAACAACGCGUCUCGAGCGUAUAGACUAUUCAGUGGUUUCUCAGGGCAAAACCCAUUCCUCUUUAAAUCGCCGCUGGAUGCUUUGACCAAGACAGACAAUGCACCUUGUGACUUAUUUUAACUGUGCCUUCAGUAAAGUCACUUUUAGGUUUGCUUGGGCUAGCUUAAAGGAAUCAGCAGACGAUUCUACGUGACUUUUAGCAAUCUAGCAAAAGACGCAAGCAAAACUUAGCCGCGCAGAUAAUUUUGAAUUUUUUUUUCGCUGCUUGAUGGAAGAGAAGAACACAUUGCGGCCAAGUUUAUCUGUUUGUAUUUUUCUCGUUGCCAGCCCUAUAAACAGCUUGUUGUGGCAACAAGAAACUAAACGUAAUGCAAGUGGCGCACGCAGGUUAGCACUAGUGCCUGUGCAUGAUUUAACUAUGCACACAUUGUGAUAAUUAGCUUACCCAGAACACACACUGCUGUUGUUACCUUUCGUUGAUGUUUGCGGUAGUCGUAUCGCGCGGGGUCGAUAAACUAUAGGCUCAACAAGAAGUCUUAAAUUAUGCAUAUUUCUGCUGCAUGCUUUUGUUGUCGAGACUUUAGAGAAAGAUAAUUGUUACUAGCAUUGUAAAUUUUUUAAAUCCUGGACUGCUUGCAUAUUUCUGCUGCAUGCUUUUGUUAUCGAGACUUUAGAGAAAGAUAAUUGUUACUAGAAUGGUAAUUUUUUUUUAAAUCCUGGACUGCUUGACAUAGGUUCCGUAAAAUCUGCUUCAUUCUUUUGUCGUGUAUAUUGAGCAGAUGACAUAUUUUGGGGAUACGUUCGCUGUUUUGAUCACGACUUUAAGUUCAACGAAUGAACAAAAAGAUAUUUUCUGGUUAGCGCUUGCCGAAUGAGUCCAAUACGUUUUCGUCCUUUGUCGUCGUUCUAUGAGAUUCUCAGCAAUCAAUGACCUCAUCAUUGUCAGGUAUGCCACAGGCACACGUGUUUCAUGCAGAAACACAAUCUUGAAUUCCAAUUGUUAGCAGCUUGAGUCCAUAAAGCACGAUAUGAGCAAGCAGUCUUAGUGAACAGUGAAAAAUUUCUUCGGAUGCCUUCUUCGUACGUGUGUUGUGCGGUUGCGUUUAAGAUCGGGUGCCAUAGUCAAUCACUAUGCACUGCGGUAUUCGGUUGUAUCAUUGAAAAGCCAUUUAAAAACACGAUGAUUUGUAUUCGACCUCGGGCAAAUGCUCACAACAAUAACUCUGCUUUUCUUACUCUGUCUUUUGUACAUAGUUGUACGUGUUCGCAUUUAACGAAAUAAAAGUGUGUUUUUCGUUGUAA